AUGGCGUCCGCGUCCUUGGAGACAAUCGAGAGCGAAAUAACGCAUCUAUUUUCUAUUUCUGAAUUCAAACCGGAGCAAAGAAAAAUAUUUGAGGCAAUAUGGGAGGGCAGAGAUUGUGUGGCUGUUCUUCCAACUGGGUUUGGAAAGUCCUUACCGUAUCAUGCAAAUAUUCCUGCCAAACGCCAGCAAGGUGUUACCUUUAGGGUUAUUGUUAGCUGCCCGCUAGUUGCUCUCAUGGAAGAUCAGGUUUCCAGACUUCGAUCAUUGAAGAAAAGAGCACUAUAUAAAGAUGAUUCAGUAGCCAAGAAUAGAGCUGAAUGUGAAAGCCGUGAGACAGACGAGCAAGCCAAGAGGGAGGAUUUCGAUAUUCUGUUCGCCUCUCCAGAGACAUUAGUUGGUGAUGAGGAAUGGAGAGAUGCUAUCAAAGAGAUAGAUGUCUCUUUGAUAGUUGUGGAUGAGUUUCACACUGUGACAGAAUGGGGCGAAAAUGAUAAAGGCAAUAUAGCUUUUCGUAAAUGGUUUAGGCAUUUAGGGGAACUGCGAUCUCUAUGUCCAUAUGCUGCAUUGCUAGCCGUCAGUGCAACCUGCACCAGAAAAGUCUACAAAACAGUAGUUAAACUUCUCAAUUUUAAAGAAGAUGCCCUUGUUAUCAGAAUGUCGCCCAACAAAAGUAACAUUAAACUUUCAGUAAGGGAGGCAAAGAGCAAUUCAACAACAAUAAAACCUUUAUGA